ACAAAACUCUGUUCUCUUGCCAUUUCUAGCUAAGUUGUUAGAAAUAAUUCUUUUUCAAUAUACUUCAGGUUGUGUGUUAAAAAACUUGUUCGAUGGAUUUGAAGACAUACAAAAAAAUUCAUCCGGUGAAAUACUACAAAGAUCACAUCGAGAAUAACAUUCGACCUGACGGUCGAGAAAUAGGCGAUCUGCGCCCGCUUGCAAUAAAUUUCGAUUCAAUUAAGACAGCCGAUGGGUCUGCUAUAGUAAAAAUUGGAAACACUACUGUUGUGUGUGGUAUCAAAGCUGAAUUAGCGCCUCCUAAAGCGACAGAGCCGGAAUCCGGAUUCCUCAUACCAAACAUUGAGAUAUCACCUCUGUCAUCGCCAAAGUAUCGACCAGGACCACCGUGCGAAGAGGCACAAGUGUACACAUGUUCCCUGGCUGAUGCUAUUCUUAAUUCCGGUUGUGUCAAUCUUAAGGAUCUGUGCAUCACUAAAGAAAAGUUGGCUUGGGCCUUGUACUGCGAUUUGAUUUGCUUGGAUCAUGAUGGAUGCGUGUUCGAUGCAUCGGUUGUUGCAUUGGUUGCAGCUCUGCACACAGUAAAAUUGCCACAGUUGCAACAUAAUGCGGAUACAGACGAGCGCGAAGUGUUAGAGGGUGAGGACCGUGUGUCACUGCGUUUGAGCUCGAUUCCGGUAACGACAUCCUUCGCUGUAUUUUGCGGCACUAUCAUUGCGGAUCCUACGGCCGAAGAGGAAGCGCUGGCGACGUCGACAAUCACGAUUACUAUCUGUGAUUCCACGCUGAGCUACAUCAACAAAAGCGGUGGCGAUCCACUGGAACAGCAGCUACUUGAUCAGUGCAUUGAGAAUGCUAUGAAACGAGAAAAAUCGGUUCGGUCGCUUAUUCGAAAGAUGAUGAAAAGUAAAAAGUAGACGGUUGCAUCCGUUAUCUAGGUGGUUACGUUAGAAUGCUGUCUUAUAUUGAAUUCAACCUUGAGUCUUUGCAAACACGGUG